UGUUUGCGAAAGACGGCUUUCCUGCAUGUUGUUUGUUGUGUUUUCAAAAUUUACUUCCAAAUGGAACCUCUCUACUUAAAAGCAUGCCGAAUGUGCAUGUGCUAUAGACAUCUUAAACCAUUGGAUUCGGAAAUGGUACGGAAAAUAGGAUCCUGCUUCGGUAUAAUGAUCAACCUUGAGGAUAGAACGUUACCCCUCGGUAUAUGUCGAAAAUGUACAAAAAAAGUUAUCCAGGCCAAGAAAUAUCGCGAUUUCUAUCUGUCAGUGCAGACGAAGCUGUUUGUAAAACGCUCAAACCACUUUCUUCGUAUAGACCGUCAACCAUUGGUUGAAGUUAUUUUGAGGCGCAAUGAAUCUCCACGAUACAUCUAUCCUUCGGGCCGGCGAGUACAAGACAGAAUGCGGGAGGAAAAGCGAACAAAAGCCCGACCAAGCUCGGAAAGCAAAACAGACCCUCAGAACAAUGCAUCUGGAAACAUUAAUGCUUCAGUGAAUAGAUUACUAUCUCCCAGCACUUCUUCUGCCAUUGCAACAAGCCAUUGUCGCCCAGAAGUAGAAUCUACUGCUGUUCCUCGUCAACGUACAACCUCAACUGAUGAAGUUCCUAACCAAAGCUAUUCGCCUUCCCCUGUACUUAAUUUUUCAAAUUCAAAUACUCCGCCUCCCGCUGCUAUUACAUUAGUUGUAACCACACCUGAGGAAGUGACAAUGAACGGUUUGGACGAUCCAGCAGUUAAGGAGGAUUUCGAAGCAACCGAACACGAUAACAAUUCGGAAAAAGAAUCUUUUCCUAUUGAAAAAUUGGAAACAGAAUCAGACAUCCAAUCGCAAGAUGAUACAGAAAAUGUUGAUGAUUCGGCCACGUUUUAUGAGGAGCAGAAAAUCUAUGCCACCGAAGAGUUGGAGGAAGUACUUCAAGAUCAAAACAUGGAAGAUCCCGAGGAACAUGUGGAAGCAGAGUACCUUAAUCAACACGAGCUUAGCGCUGGGGAUGGCUUAGAUUCGGAACACCAUCUGACACAGGAACAGUACGAUUCGACUGAAAUAGAAGUGCUAGAAGCAAGUGAAACAAUUGAAUCCGUCAUUCCCGGCAAUGAAAAUACUGGUUAUAAUGUUCAAGACACACGGCGACGCAGGCGAAGUAAAAUCUCGGGUAGAGAACUUUACAAGUCGCUGCUGACUGAAUGCAACAUAUGCGGUAAAAUGAUUGAACGCAACCGCUUAGAGGGGCACAUCAAUCGACAUUCGGGACGUCGCCCGUAUGCGUGCCACAUAGAAGGAUGUUCUUCGCGGUUUCACUGUAAGCAUGCCUGCCGUUUGCACGUUCGCUGUCGCCAUGGAUCGGAAUCGUUCACAUGUACCGAAUGUGGAAAGGUAUACAAAGCGCGGCGCGAUUUACUGGGACACAUCAGAGAAACCCAUGUUGAGCCGAGAUUUCAAUGUGACGUUUGUGGGAAAAAAUUUACAACCAGGUCUCGACUGAAGCAGCAUAGCUUUUAUCACACAGGAGAGAGGAACUAUCCGUGCCGUGUGUGCGAGAUGCGCUUUUUCAGCAAUUUUCAGCUCAAAGUUCAUAUGAGAACACAUACAAAAUCUUUCCCAUACAAGUGUUCCGUUUGCAACAAGCGCUUUCGUUAUCGUCACAUGGCAAAAGAACACAUUGUAAAAGAUCAUGGGAUAGAUAUCUCGUUGCAAAAGGAUUGGGUCAUACAGUACCCUGAACCAGAUCCGGAGGAAGUGGAGGUGAUAAACGAAGAGGAAAACAUCAUUCAAUACAACAUUCAGCGUCUCGAGGAAACAGAAGAUGAAGAUAAUACGCUGGGGGAAGGUGCAGAUUCGGCCACCGUAUCUUUGAAAAUCGAUAAUACAGACGAAUACCAGAUUCCAACCAGCAUGAACAGUUCCGAAAGGACAGCUAAUAAGGAAGCAGGUAUGAUGCGUUAAGGAUAAAAUUUGAAAAACAAAUUAUUUAAAAAUAUUAUUAGGAUAUAAAAUUUUUAAAAUCACAAAAACUUAUAUUUUUGCAAAAUAUACAAGUAUAUUGUAUAGUAUAGUAUACUAUAGUACAGGAAAGUAAAGAUGUACCCCAAUUUAAAGUAGGGUAAGUGUAUCAAUUGUGGCUAUAGCACCAAUUAUGGCUAUAACGAACACUAUUUUCGCUCUAAAACAGCCUAUUUGCAUUCUAAAACCACGGAAGGAUUUUUCAUUUCAAUUAUGAACAUUUUAACACAUUUGUGUUUCAUUAGUUUCAUGUUGGCCACUUCCGUUUGUUAAAUAUUACCCUUUUAAAAUGUGUUGCCAAGAUUUUUGUAUCUCUUACCAUUUUGAUAAGAGCAGCACUGUAGGAUAUUAGCGACCUAACCAUAUUUUUAUCUCAAAGUCAUCAUUUUGGUGCAAAAUAUUAUUUAUUUAACGCCUACACAUCAAAAUCUAUCAACAUUUCAUCGAAAAUAUGCCUUUUUUCUGUACGUCCAUAAUUGGUACAACUAACCUUCGGUGUAGCCAAAUAUCGCAGUAUGCUAUGGAUGCUUUGUUGACAAUUGUUGCUUUGGUCGUAGCGCGUAGUUUACAAGUGAACAACUCGGGUUUCUCGUUGUUAUUUACGCAAUCUAAAGUGUUAAUAUCAUUUAUGUUGUUUAAUAUCAUUUAUGUGUUUUAAGCAUCAUUUAUUUGUAAAGUGUUCGAAUCAGUAAUCGGUGCAAUAGUCAGUGAAAUGUAAUCGAUUCAGUUUCACUAAAAUAAUGCAGUCUUGAAUGACUUUCAUACGAAGAAGUGAAAUCUGAAGCCGCUCGUAUCGCCUUAUUGCCAAAUGCGCUCUUGUUCUUCCCUGAUCAAUAGUUAGUGCUAGUCUUGAUCGGAAGUAUCUUUGCCAAAAGAUAGUUGAACUAUGGCUACGAUUCUUCAUUUGAACAAAUUCAAAUAGACCACCCUGAUUUGUGCUAUUCUUCGUAUCGCGCUGAAACGGUAGCUGACUUUGGUAUAGCUUCCAGGUGAUAUGAAGGAUUGUUAGGUGUAUGGCCAAGCACGGUCUCAUUAGAAAGGUGUACGAAAGUAAUUUUUUUAGGAUUAGCCUCAUCAAUUGUGCGAUUAAUUGAGCGUGGAUAUCAAUACAACCAGUGAUAAAAAACGGAUAUUCUAAAAUGUUAAUUUUACAUUUUUAAUGGUGAUUAAAUACUUAUAUUGGUGCAGUGAACUUAUUAUUACUUGAUUUCAGUUAAAACAAUGUCACAAAGUAAUUUUUGGUGUAAAUAUCCACGAGUUUUAGAAUACAGCCACAAUUGGUACAGCUAUGGCGAAUUGCUAGGAACACUAUAGCCAUAAUUGGUACCUCAAGAUGCAAUUUUGAUUUGAAAUUUUCUAGUAUUUUGAUAAACACUGAGUGAAAAUAAAAAAAUACUCUCGUGUUCUACACAUUGUAGGCUAUAUAAAAACAUAAAGAAGUUUGAAAUUUUACCCAAUACUUAUUUUUACAGGCGUAAAAUCGGUAUCUUGAUGAC